AUGCGACCGGAAACCGUCAAAAUGGUUCGAAUACGAGGCUCCGAUGGGAGAAACGACUCCGGAUCGGUUUCACCGCCUGGAUUAGCUAUUUCUGGCGAUGAAAAAGCGAUUUUUGUGGAAAAAAUGCGCAAAAUCUAUGGAAAAGAUGGUCAGAACACAAAUACAGAGGAAUUAAAUUUAAAAAUAGAACAGCUUUGGAAUGGCCUAAAACCGUCGCAACGCGAGAAAUUCAUUGGAAAAGAGAAUAGUACAGCAAAAAGCUCAAGUCCACAUAAGAAAGAGCCGGCGCCAAUGUUAGAGAGACGGAAUAAUUGCAAGGCGAUUGCCAAGGUUUUGGAUCUGAAACCAGCCACAAAGACCGGGAAUUCCUAUAGCCAAGCGAUCAAAGGACGAAUGAAGUCGUGGCGCAAAGAGGGACAUAUGAUUAACUCCAGAAUUUGCCCUCCAUCACCACCACGAUGCACCGCCCAUCAACAACAACAACAACAACCAUCAUCAUCAUCGUCUUCCAGCCAAAUCCAAUCUGAAAUUCCAUUUUUAAUCGUCAAAACCGACCCAAAACAGCCAGAAAACGGUCCGGAAUUUGAAUUUCGCGUGUUGGAAGCCCCUAAAUCAGUGGAAACGCCCAAAAUUAUACAGAAAUUGGUGGAAAAAGCGACGAAUUGUCCUCCGAAACGAAUCCUGAAAACGGCAAUUCAAUCAGCGUCUCGAAAACCGCAGAUUUCGACGAAAAAAGUCUUAAAAUCGCGGGUUUUUCCGAUUGCUCAGCCUUGUUAUCAGUUGAGUUAUGAUGAUGCGUGUCGAGAGUACUAUCACACGCUGUCACACUCGUUUUUGAAGGAUUCUGAUUUUCCCGCCAACGAUUCGCUGCUACCCGUCUACGCGGACAUUGUACAAGGAUUUCAACCGAUUCGAGAGUACAAAUUUGGGAAUCUUCUUUAG